CCGCUACUUACUGAAUCUUUUCAUACAUGCGCAGAAUCAUAAAAAAAUUUAGAUCAGAUUCUCUUGGACUUUUCUCCAUUUCGUAAGUUUAAUUUUUUAUUCAAACCAAUGGCUCUAAGUCGCUGAAUGGAACCAAGGCUAUUUGCUGUGUAAUAUAAAAAUGAAUUUCCAUAUGAUGAAUUCACGAUACGGUGAAAGAUUAUUAUUUCUACUAUAAUGUUAUCCAUGGAUAUUAUGUUCAUUGGAAGAGAUUUAUUAUCGUGACAAGUAUUGCAUCACUUUUUGCAAAUAAUUUGGGUAUUAAUUCCCAACAAAUAUCAAUGAGAUAUGCAGUAUAAAGUUAAACAACAGCAUCUAAGAUCUUUACUGUAUAAGUAUUAUAAUUAUAGUGAAGUUAAUAGUGCCAUAAAACCACAAGAUGUCUGCAGUAGAAACACCACAUUUCAUACGUACCAUCGAAUGGGAUAUGAUGGAUAAGACAAAAUUUUUUCCAUUGAGCAUGCUCUCAUCAUUCUCUGUACGCUGUUGUUUAUAUCCUUUAACAGUGAUUAAAACUCGUUUACAAGUUCAAAGGCACAACCACAUGUACAAUGGAAUGUUAGAUGCUUGUAAAAAAAUUUAUCAAGUAGAGGGUAUAAGUGGUCUAUACAGAGGAUUUUGGAUAAGUUCUAUACAAACUGUAUCUGGAGUAUUUUAUGUGUCUACGUAUGAAGGUAAUAUAGAUUCAAGGAUAAAAUCAUUAAUUGCUGGUGGAGCUGCUAGUUUGGUAGGACAGACAAUAGUAGUACCAUUUGAUGUUCUAAGUCAGCACUUAAUGGUUCUUGGAAUCAAUAACAAUAAACAUGGAAGAUAUAUAGAUAAGAUGGGUAUGAAUCCAUUGGGUUUAAUUCUUGAACCAGGAAAAUCUAGAGCUCAAAUUUCAGCAGACAUUAUCAGAUCAAUUUAUCAGAGAGAUGGUUGUAGAGGUUUUUAUAGAGGAUAUGUUGCAUCAUUGUGUGCUUAUGUUCCCAAUAGUGCCCUUUGGUGGGGACUAUAUACAUCCUACCAGGAAGAGCUUCUAAAAGUGUUCCCAGAGUGGGUUUCUCACUUGUUUAUUCAAGCUCUUGCUGGCACAUUAGGAGGAUUCACUACAACAAUUAUUACAAAUCCUCUAGACAUAGUACGGGCAAGAUUACAAGUACAAAGAUUAGACAGUAUGUUUAGCACAUUCAAAGUUUUAUGGGUGGAGGAAAGGUUGCAAAUGUUCACAAAGGGACUUUCCGCGCGUCUUGUACAGUCUGCUUGUUUUAGUUUUUCGAUAAUAUUAGGAUAUGAAACUAUUAAAAGAUUUAGUAUAGUCGAAGAGUACAAAGGUUAUAUUAGGUGGUGAAUUUAUUCUGUAAAACUCGAAAUAAUUGUUUUUUCUUUGCCAUGCAUUUUUCGAUAUGCAAUUCUGUUGUAUAUUUUACACAGAUGUAACUAAUACGCACCAAAGAGAAAGGGACGAGAUCAUAGUGAUCUUUAAAUUGUAUUAAUACUAGUACAUUUUAAUAAAAUGUAAUUGUAAUCAUGGUUAACAAAUAUGACAAAAACAUAGAGAUGUUUAUUUUAAGUAAUAAAAAAUAAUUGAUCAUAAAUUUUAACCAGAAUAUAGUUACAUAUUAAUUACAUUUGCAAUAUUUUUCCUACUGUUUAUAUGUCAUCCAGUGUUUUCCAACAUUUGCUAAAAGUGUAUUUUAUAUUGUUUCUUUCAUAUUUCAUAAAAUACAAAUUUUAUAUAGCCCAGGGUUAGAUAGAUUAUUGCGAUAAAAAACAAUAAAAGAGAAUAUGUUUCUAUAACGUAAAACUAAAUGUGUAAAAUAAAUGAUUUUGUUAGCUGUGUUGCAUUGUAUAUUCCAUUGAUCAUUUAUUUUAUCAAUAUAGGAUAAGUGAUGGACAAGAAGUGAAUAUCUUUUUCAUUUCCAUUUUUUAUUAUAAAGGACAGCAUAUUGAUAGACACAUUUUGUUUCGAAGGUACUUAAGUGGUCUUGUACGUCAAUUGAUACUUUUUGAGUAUGCACGUUAUCUACCUCUUAAAAAUUAAAUAUGACGAUUCCGUUCUUUUUCACAUUCUCUAUAUUAUAUGUACAGGCCAGGAAAGUCUUAGUCUACGCAGUAUAAUGCGAAGUGCACACACAUUCACAUUCGUUCUCGCCGUUUAUAUCUGUAUCAUGAUUUUAAUAACGUAGGUAUAUCUGUAUCAUGAUUUAAUAACGUAGUGAAAUACAAGUCUUCGCAAUGUACUAUUAAACGUAGUAUCCAGCUUUUGAAUAACAAGUUACGUAUACGCAUAAUACUCUAGGAAAACAGUGUUUUCCAAUAGAUGUAUUACGAGUUGAUUAAGAAUCUGUUAUUAUUUUAUGCAGCCUAAUACAUUGGGAAUAUAUGCUUGAGUAAAUGAUGUAAAUUCUACAAGUUAAAAGUUAAUAGUAUUCAAUUUUGGCGCUUAAAUUUCUCGUAUAUACCAAGCGCUCUCUGCCUGAGGCUGUGGGAAACACUGUUUUAGAGUAGGACUUAUGAUUUUUCUUUUUGAUAAUUCGCGUUUUGCUUUAUCAGUAAGAAGCCAAUCGAUAAUUUUCCCCUUUUUAAUUUUGUUUCACGCGACAUAUCGAUUUUCAUAAAUUAUUUCUUUUAUUAAACUUUCGAGCAUUAACGAACUUACAGUACAGUAUGUACAAUGACUAGACUUGUUAAGACGCCAAUCAGUUACGCGCCAUUUUUUUCCUGUGAAUGAUUUUCUUUUUUUUUUUUUUUUUGAGACGAAUGCGAUUAUUUUAGCAAUGGUCCUUAUAUCACGAAGGUUUAUAAAUGAAAACGACUGCCACAUGUAAAAAAUUAUUUUAAAAACAGAACUCAAUAAGAAUAACCAUUAUUGGAUGGUACAACUAGACUAAUCUUCGUUGGCUUGAAAUCCGAGGUAAAUCAUUUGUUUAUUUUAACAUUAACACUUUUUUUAAAUUUUUUAUUUUUCUAUUGUAUUGCAUAGUAUUCAGAUUUUUAGUCUUACACGCAAAGAGUUAAUAUGUCAGAGCUAAAACAAGCAGAUGACAUAAUUUUCCAUGAACAGCGAAUAUUCAAUCUGAUCUUUUUCGUAGUGUUUAGCGAGAUAGGAUUAUUAAAUUAAUAUUGGAUAUAUCUUUAUUCGAGGAAACGUUUGUUUAUAUUCGCAUGUUUUUGUUACAAUUUCUCAUACACAUAUACGUUUCACAUGAGUUAGUUUCACAGUGUUCUAAUAUUUACAUUUGCAUGGAAAUUGUUUUAUAUACAACAACGAACGCCUACAUUAAGAUAAUCUCGAUAAAAUAAAUAAUCGUUCUGCAAAAAUAUCUGCCAUUGAAAGUAGAGGUAUCUGUCUGUCGACUAAAGAUUGUCCGGUAUGAUAAUCGUAUUCUGUCGAGUAGAUUUUAUGAAUAGAGGAAAUGAUUUUGAAAUAUUUAAAUCAACAAUAUACAGAGCUUGGUUCGAUCAAUUAAUUUCAAACGGAAGUCGUAUUUAACAGAUUUAUUUCUUCUUUUUGAAAUUGGCGAUCAACGUGUAUGAAUACGAAAUCAUGCUUUUUUUUUUUUUUAAUAUUAUCCAGACUACAGUUUUGUUACUUUAUUCAUCGCUUAAGUUACAUCGGCCU